GAAGAGCAGCGCACACAAUGCACUGCACGGCUGACAGGGUUGUGUCUCCCUCAUUUUCACGAUAAAUCUCCAAUUCCGUGGGAAUUAGUGAUCGGGGCAGCAGCGGAGCCGCUCCGUGCCUCUCUGUAUUCCCUCGAACUGCGGAAGCUUUGAGCGGAAACGUCUGCGAGCGGCGGCACCUUCUCCUGAACCCUGGAUUACAGAGGCUGCCUGGAGGAGCUGCCCAGCCCACUGGGGGCUCGGCCGACACCCCGCUGUAUGGAAAUCCACACCGAGGCUUUCCUAUUCGGGCCUUCAAAUUUUUCUUUAUAAUGGUGAAAGAACAAAAGAAGAGUUGCGUGAAAGGGGAACGAGACAUUAUUAGUGGUACCCCGUGGUUGGUUUAUAACAUAUAAAAGCGUCUUUGAUUUACUGCUUCCUGAGACAAUUGAGAUAGUUACAUUAGCUGGCUAACAGCUGGAUGUGCUAACGAAGCUAGCCGGAGUGCUAACGUUACGUCUUUCUUUUGAUGUAAUUCAACUAUCGGCCAUCAACACUUCGACAGCGGGUCAGAUUCUGCUCUCCUACCGGCGAGGUGAUAGCCAGCCCUGCGGUUUUUGAGCCGGGCCGUCAGCUUUACCGCGACAAUUUUAAGAAUAAAGUUUAAUUCUUUGGUUGCGGGUUGGAUGUAUUGUAUCGAGUUAGCCGUGUAAAAUGCUAUCCGAAUGAGCUAAUUGGCUGUCCCUAACGCUAGCUCGCUGUGGCACGUCAAAUCAAACAGACAGCUCCUCUCAACCCCCAAUUUAACCCGCAAAAAGUGUCGAAAUUAACACCCCAAUCCUCGCGUCGAUGUAAAUUCAUGCCACAGUGGCUGCAGGUGCAUAAAUAAGGGACAUCUGCGCUCAGUGGCCUUGCUAACGUUUUGCUAACUGGCAAAUAAAUUUGUCAGCGUGUGUGGAAAUCCAAAAGAGAUCGUGCUGUCUUUGAUGAAGUGAUUAAUAUUCUUGAGGUUUUCGGUUGGUGGUUGCCGGUGGGGAGAGGAUUCGGUCCGCUUUGUGUGCGGCACGGCUCGACCCGUCCUUUUUUUUGUUUACAUGCUGGUAACUUGUCGGUUCCUGCGCGUUAGCUAACGUUAGCUCCCUGCCAGACAGUCUGCGAUGUCCUGACACCCGCGUGCACGUCGUGCAUGUGUAAAAUCCCCAUGUGGAUCUAAGUUUGUGUUCAGAUUCAUUGACAUGACUCUCAAAUUUCGCCGGAAGAGAGGCACCGAUGCCAGCAGACUGUUGUCAGAGGACGGUAAAUAAUAGCCACUGGUUCCAUUAACGCCAUUUUAACGGGGGCUCCCCCUGAGAGGGCCUGAGUGCUGGUGGUUUGAUCUGCGGUUCGGUGCCUUCCACCGGACCGGGACUCGAUUUAAGUGCCUGGAGUCACGACUGGAGGUGGCGUGUUUCACCAUGGAGGGCCCGAGCCGAAGCACCGGCUUCAGGCAGAGCCGCCGGUCCCGGUCUCAGCGCGACAGGGAGCGGCGGAGGAGGCGAGUGAACUUGGCCGAGGAGCGGGCCACAUCCCUGUCCUCGGGCUCCGAUCGGGAGGCUUGCGGCACCAACAGUGUCCUGGGGCCCGGUGGGAGGGAAUGCCGGCCCGGGUUCGGGAGACACAGGCCUCCGCGGCGGAGGAAGAGGGAGUCGGUGUCCUGCGAGGAAGACCUCAUCGACGGCUUCGCUAUCGCGAGCUUCAUCAGUCUGGAGGCACUGGAGAUGGACUGUUCUCUGAAGCCCAGUCAGCGCACUGACAUGCUGGGGAGGAGGAACAAGGGGAAGAGGGGGCCGGAGGAGAACGGCGGCGGCCCGCUGUCCGAGCCGGAGGAGGGCGCCCCGCACAGCUACUCCAGCAGCUGCUUGAACAAGAGCCAGAACAAGAGGAGGAAGAUAGAGGGCCAUCCUCUGGAGACGGGCUACAUUUGUGACACGGAGAGUGACACAGGAGACAAGGCCUCCGACAACGACAUGGAUCCGGUGUUCACAGUCAGCACAAGAAAAGUUGUGGACCCCGCCCCCUCCAGCAUGGGCACUUCCAUGGGCAAAAGCUGCUCGCCGCUGCCGGCGCGCUGCGGCGGCGUGUCGCGGUUGAUGGUGACCCCGCGAGUGUCCGGCCUGGAGCGCAGCCAGGAGAAAAGCCUGGAGCCGCACUUCCCAGAGCCGGUUUCUUCUUCUACCUCUUCCUGCCUGCUCCCCCACUCCACCGUCAGCGCCUCCGCCGCCGCCGCCCGCUCCAGCCCCGUCAACGGGAACGGCGGCCGGCACAACGGCGGCAGCCCGCCGCUCGCCAAGUCCAAGACCUUCCUCCUCACGCUGUCUGGGCGCUCUCACCCCAUCUACAACAGGAGCGGCACCCCCGUCAAGCCUCCAGCCUCGUCCGUCGCGUCUUCCUCGUCGUCCGUGCGGCCCCCCACCCCCUCCACCAGUGUGUCUCUGCCCUACAUGAGGGGCUCGGGGUCCUCGGGGCCCCUGCGGCCGCCGUCCAGGGCCAACUCGGGGGCCCUGUUCACGCCUUCGCCCGGCCUCCCGCCCCCGCCGCCGCUGCUCCAGGGCCCCGCCCAGUCGGCCGCAGCAGCAGCAGAGCGUGAGGGCCGGCGCAGCGUCCCCGGGCCCGAGGGCACCGCGGCGGGCCGCUCCACGCCCGGCGGUCCGGCUGCCUCCGCGGCGUCGGGCUCGGCGUCGGGCUCUUCGGGCCGGACGUCCCAGAACCAGCAGAGCAUCCCGCCGCUGGCCUUCCAGUUCCAUCAGCACAACCACCAGCACCAACACACGCACACACACCAACACUUCACGCCCUUCCUGCACCCCACGGCCACGGCGCCGCCUCUGUUUGAUAAGUAUGCAGGCAAAAUGGACGGGCUGUACCGACACCCGUUCUUCCCUCAGUACCCGCCGCCCUCCGUGCCCAGCAUCCAGCCCGUCAUUCCCCCCACCGGCCCGUUCAGCUCGCUGCAGGGAGCCUUUCAGCCAAAGCCUCUCGUCCCUCAGGGAACGGGUCCCGACAUCACCGCCCGCCUCGGGGUCGUGCCCCACCACCUGCAGCCCAAAGACCCCAGGCUAACUGAUCCAUUUGGGACAUCGUUGAAAAUCAGUAAUAAACCGGGGAAGUGGUGCGCUAUGCACGUGCACGUGGCCUGGAUGAUCCUGAGCCAUCAGAAGAAGGUCAAGCUGAUGCAGGCCGAUCCUCACAAGUUGGACUUCCGCAGCGACCUGCUGGCCCGCUUCCCCGGCGCCGGGGGCCUGGGGCAGCUGGGCCACAUGGGAGGAGCCCUGCCUCCCACUCACGACCUGACCAGACCUCCCAGCCUCUUCUCAGCUGCAGGUGCAGUCAAUCCGUCCUCCACUCCCUUCAUCUCUCCGUCGACGCCACACUCCUCCUUCCUCGCUCCGUCUGCACACCUGGAUCCGUACGGCCGCUCGCCGCCCUUCACCUCGCUGGGAACUCUGGGUUCUGGUGCCUUUGGAGGACUGGGCAGCCCAACGCUGGCAGGCUCGGUGUUCGGCCAUAAAGACCCGCCGCCCGGCGUGGUGGGAGGCCUGUCGGCGCCGAACCACCACGACCCCUGGAACCGCCUCCACGGCGCCCCGUCCGGGUUCCCCGCCGGCCCCAGCUGGGCCAAAGGGCCCGAGAAGAGGGACGAGAGGGAGCGAGGGAAGGACGGAGACAGGAGAGACGUCCCCCACAUCAAGGAUGAGAAAGACAGAGACAGCCUGCUGUACGGCCGUCCCCCGGUGAGAAUGUCCCCGGUCGCCCCGUCCUUCAAGCCCCGCAGCAGCACCCCGGUGUCUCACGUCAACGGCCACAGCAGCUCGCUGGGCGGCGGCGGGCCCAUCGAGGACUUGACCCGCAGCCUGAACCGAGACCGCGACGGCGACAAGCGGCCGCCGCACGGCGUGUCUUCGAGGGGGCCGCCGCUCGGCCCCUCCUCUCUGGCGGCAGACAGAGACAGACCGCGGUCUUCGUCCUCCUCUGUGCUGACCACGCCCCCGCCCUCCGCCCGCUCCGCCCCCUCCCCCUUGGACCUGUACCCCCGCCCCCUGGGCCCCAACGCACACGGCCUCCACAGCGAGUCCUCACACUCCCAAAGAGACGGCGGCGGCGGCGCCGCGUCCUCCUCCGCCUCCAUCGCCUCCUUGUCUCAGGCCAAGAAGUCGGACCGGACCGCCACGCCGUCGUCCAAGCCCCCCCUGCUGCUGCCGCCCGUCAAGGUGAAGGAGGAAAGGAAGGAGGAGCCCGAGCACAUCCCCAUCACCCUGCCCCCGCCGCUGCCGGGCCACGGCUUCGACCGGCCCGGCAGCCACCCGCACCACCACAGCUCCGGCACGCCGUCCUCGUCCUCCCUGUCCCUGACCCCCACCCCCGGCGUGCCCCUCCCGCCCCCGACGCCCAACCCCCAGUCCCACCACCAGCACCUGUCCCUGCUGGACCGGUCCCGCGCCAUGGAGGCCUACCCGGGCGGCGCGGGGCCCGCGGCCCUGGUGGUGGGCCCGGGAGGGGAGCGCUUCCCCCACGGCCCCCACCAGGGGCCCCCGCAGGGCCCGCACAGCUUCACCUGGGACCCCUGGAGGGAGCUGGCGGCGCAGCAGCAGCAGCACCAGCGCCGGGAGGCGCUGCUCCGCUCGGACCCCCACCUGGCCCUGCGCUCGGACCCCCACCUGGCCCGGCUGCUGCAGCACCAGCGCUUCAUGGAGGCGGAGCGGGCCGCGGCCGUGGCGGCCGCCGCCGCUGCCGCCGGCCCCCACCACCCCCCCACUUCUACCUCCGCCGCCUCGUCCUCGGCGGUCCGGCCUGAGUUCGGCCUGAUGGCCCACCCCUUCGACCGCCCGCCGCAGCUGGGCCCGCCGGGCGGCGGCCUGAUGGACGAGGAGCAGCGCGCCCAGAUCCUGAGGGAAGACUUUGAGCGGGCUCGCUACUUCGGCAUGCACCCCCACCUCCCCCACGGCGCUCACCUGUCCGGCUUGUCGCACGCCGCCACCGCCGCCCACCUGGAGCAGCUCCACCCCAGCCUGCUGUCCCACCCGCUGCCCCCGGGGGCCCCCGGCGCGCCGCAGCACCACCCGGGCCUGUACUCCCGCCUGGGCCCGCUCAACCCGCACCACAUGCCCAACGGCAUCCUGACCAAGACCCCGGCGGGCCUGGUGGGGGCGCUGUCGGUGGGGGCGCCGCCGCCGCUCAUUCCGUCCGUCGGCAGCCGGUCGUCCACGCCGCCGCGCGGCUCCAGACUGGGCGGGCCGGGCGAGCUGGCUCUGUACGGCGCCCACAAGGACGGCGAGUCCAGAUAGUACAGGGACGGGCCUGGAGGAGACCCGGGGACCCGUCAGGAUCACUGUGCUGCUCUCAACCUGCCCCCUCCUCCUCCUGCGGACCGCUGAAUGCCCCCCCCCCACGCCGGCCCCGGCGGGCCAGACCGGACCCUGAGGAGGGACCGCAGGACCCGGAACACGCCCAAUGGUUCUAUCAGUGCAAUUUAAAGGUACAUGGUUUCUGUGCAUCCCUGUGUUGUGUUUUCUGUUUGGAACCGGCUGUUGGCUCCUGCUCAGCUGAGAGCGCCGUGUGGAGAGGCGGAGGACGCCCAGAGGGCCGUGCUGCGCCCUGAAGACGCCCCCGGCCGGCCCUGCUGCCGGCGCCGGCGCGGUGGACGAGCUUCUCCCUCCUUCUCUUUUUAGGAACGCGGUGGUGAAAGUGGUGCUUUCCGUUCUGUUUUUGUGUCUUUGUCAUUGUGAGACGACAGAUGGCCGACGAGACCCGUCGCUCAGAUCAGUGAGCAUCAUACCUCAGUUUCCCGCUCUGCUGGCGCCUUCAGCUCCACUGAUAUCCACGUCCGCCGCCUCGGCUUCCUUUCUUUUAGUUUUCUAAGGAUGAAAUGAACUCGUGCGACGCUGUGAGUGAACACAGCCUUUCUAGAGCUUCCUGUAACUGUCUCCCCAGUCUCCUCUUGACUCUAUGAGCAGGACCAGAUUAUAGUAGUCUAGAGAAAUUGCCUUUGUAAUUAUUAUUCUUAACAUUAAUUAUCUUCUAUAAUAAUAAAUAUAUUCACUGUUACGUUACUUGUCAUUGUUUCGGGUGUCAGCCAGUACUCUCUCCCCAGUCCACCUUUCAAAUCAUGCAAAAGACGAACGUGUGUUUGUCCGACCGGAGACUCUUGUGAGCGUUGAAGCGGUUUCCGCUGUGACCUCUGACCUGUGGCCUCCUCACGGAUCUCAUCCGCCACCAUUAUUGAUGCUGAGAGGGAGGAGGUCUGCCUGUGUGUCCAUGGCUGUGUGUUGUCUCCAUUAGGACUAUGGGAGCCUUGUACAAUGAACCUGUCAAGUUGUUUCAUCCAACAGAAGUAAGUUAUGUACACGAAGAGAGAGAGAGAGAGAGGUGGGACGUGCUGACGAACUGAAAGAAAAACCAUAUAAGGACAACUAGACAGUGGGUAUCCUGAGAGGGAAAAGACUGGGUCGAUUAUUUUAAUAUGACCAUUUUAUACCUUUCAAAGCCCUCCCCUAGAGACCACAAAGAUUAAUUAUUAAAUGAAUUGUUGUUUA